AGCCGUUUCUGGAAUGUUCUUUUCAGUUACUUCUUUUUUUCCUCCCUCUAUGGCAGGUUUUACUUAAAAAUAAUGCUGUUUAUUUAGCAUGUCUUGGAGACCCUCUUUUGAAGAACCGCAGUCAUGAACGGCUUGAACAUCCGGCUUCGCAGCAACCAAUUCAUCCUGCUGUUGCUAUUGCUCCUGCAGGUUCAGAGCUUGGGUCUGGAUAUUGAUAGUCGACCUGCUGCAGAGGUCUGUGCCACACACGCCAUUUCACCAGGACCUAAAGGAAAAGAUGGAGAAAAAGGAGACAGAGGAGAAGAAGGCAAGGAUGGCAAAGUGGGGCGCAGGGGACCCAAAGGAGUUAAAGGAGACCUGGGUGAUAUGGGACCCCAGGGCAAUAUUGGCAAGUCUGGCCCCAUUGGCAAGAAAGGUGACAAAGGGGAAAAGGGUCUGCUUGGCAUUCCUGGAGAAAAAGGCAAAGCAGGCACCGUCUGCGACUGUGGAAGAUACCGGAAAGUGGUGGGACAACUGGAUCUUAGUGUCGCUCGUCUCAAGACAUCUAUGAAGUUCAUCAAGAAUGUUAUAGCAGGGAUCCGAGAAACUGAAGAGAAAUUUUACUACCUCGUGCAGGAGGAGAAGAACUACAGGGAAUCCCUGACCCACUGCAGGAUCCGGGGAGGGAUGCUAGCCAUGCCCAAGGACGAGGCUGUGAACACACUUAUUGCAGACUAUGUCGCCCAGAGUGGCUUCUUCCGAGUGUUCAUUGGAGUGAAUGACCUUGAGAGGGAGGGACAGCAUGUGUUCACGGACAACAGCCCACUGCAGAACUACAGCAACUGGAAGGAGGGGGAGCCUAGCGACCCCUAUGGCCAUGAAGACUGUGUGGAGAUGCUGAGUUCAGGCAGGUGGAAUGACACGGAGUGUCAUCUUACCAUGUAUUUUGUCUGUGAGUUUGUCAAGAAGAAAAGAUAACUUCCCUCACAUCACACAGCCAUGCUUCUCCUAGGCUCCCCAGCAGUUCUAUCCAUCCCCACCUCCCUAAUUACACUGCCUUGCUAAAAUGACAUAAGAAUCCCUUAUCCACUAGCUUCUUCUUCUGUGUCAAUUGUGACAACUAUGUACAUAAUGUUUGUUUGGGACAUUCUUGGGGAUCUUUGUCUCUUUCUUCUAUUUAAUCCUCUGAUUUAAUGAAGGAAGACUCUAGAACUCCAAGGGGAAAAAGGAGGGUUAUUCCUAAAGAGCAUGAGGUAUAUAGCCCUUUUGUGAAAUUGCCCCUUGCUAUUAAUGGCUCCAUCUUUUUUCAUGAAUGUAUUCAGGGAGACAUUUCUCACCUUCCGCAAAGAGAAUAGGGGUGGGAUAAAACUCUAUAAAAGUGUUAAAGUGCGACCCUCUCUAAGGCCCCGCCCCCUUCCAAGGAAUAUGUCACUCCUGGAGAGAUUUCACCGGAGGCCUUUCAUACUCCGUACGUUAACGUUGCUGGAGACGCCCUGCCUGCUAUUUUGACAUCACAGGGCUAUGCCAGGCACAGCAUUUGGAAUGUGUACAGACUCCUCAGUUACCGAGUUGGCAGCAUGCUAUCUCGAGCUGCAGAUCAAACCUCGAAGCCGUUCUCGUCUGGCAUUUGAAAAUAAACAGCUGAACAAAUCUCCAGCUUCUCUCCUUCUAAACUGAUGCUCCACUCACAGGUUGUGACACACGAUGCAAUUGUUUAAAAUGCUGGCAAAGCCAUCAGUGAGCUAAGAGAAGCAGAUCGGCAGCAUAUGUUCUCCUUAAGCCAUCUGCUCAUGACGUCACCCGUGACUAACUGGGUGAGAGAUGGGAUUUACUGACAUUCGUUCGGUGAAUUCACCAAGAGUCACAAACCCAUGUCCUACAGAGUCCCGAGAGACGGCAUAAACAGAUGAACUUGAAGGACUGAGGCUCCUUAACCGCAGAGCACAGCCUGCCCUUUGAAGGAACCAACUCCUCAUUAGCUACCGCUGCGGCUGCCACGCAGGACCCAGCAUCGCUGCCAGCCAGAGUACUGACAUUUGAACAGAAGUCAGACAGCUGCAACUUUAUAACUCUGGAUUCUUAAGUGUUGACAAUUAAUCAAUAUCUAACCUAGAUUUUUUUAGACCUACAAACGUCUGCUAGCCAAAUUGUGAGCUUUCGAUUUCCAUCCUCUGGGGAAAGUUCUAAUUGUGUCAGGUGUCAUUAGGAAAUGAUGACAUCAAAGUCAGGUCUCUCGUGGAUGCCUUAUUCAGUUCAGCUCAACGGGAGAAAUUUGUUAAACCUUUGACAUUUACCAGGUUAUUAGACUAGUUAGAGUCCCUUUUGAGAAUGUGACAUAGAGUAAAAUUUUGAAAGCUGAUCAGUCUGAUACAGUUACAAACCGGGGCACUAUGCCAAAUGCCAGUCGAGAUCUCAGAGAAUGGGAACACCCAGAAACACACAGAGGAAAAGAAGGAGCUGAAGAAAUGACUGAGAGACGAGAGAGGCAGCCAAGAGCAAACAGAGCCUAGGGCGGCUCCUGUUGGAUCCUUGUUCACAAUUGCUCUGUGUCCCUGAAGUCUGAAUAUUUUGAACAUAUGGCAAAUGCUAUCCUUUCUAUUACAAAUGUUAUAAUGCUAACAGUUCUCUCAAUAACUCAUUUUAGUUUGGAAAACACUUCUAAGAGUUGAUGACAGCUUCAAAGAAUAGAAACCAUCCUGAAACCUUGCCUGGAAGAACCUCCUAAGACAUAACAUAUUUGAUCAUAAGUUAAAGCAUCAGUAUAUAACCCAGGCUGUCCUUGAACUCUCAGUCUUCCUGCCUCAGCCUCCUGGGUGCUGGUAAUAGGCGUCAUUACUGUACCCAGCUGAAAAUGUACCAUUGCGAUGUGUUUUCUGUUUUGUAAAGGCCUUUGCACUUCCUUCCUUGUUUGAUCCUUAAAAUAUGAGACUUACAAAAGGCAAGAAGUUUUACUGCCAUUUUUUGCCCAGUGAAAAUACUGCAGCUCAAGAAAUCAAAGACAUUAACAAAGUCAGUGCUCUUGAGAGAAAGGAAAGCUACUGUUCCGCCGGACCAAGCUGAUAGAUCCCUUGAUGGCAUGCUUGCAAGGGGACAGGGUGUGCAUUGGGCAGGGAGAAAUUAAGUGAGCAGCGUCACUCACAGUAUAGUCUACAGAAGGAUGUAGUUUUGCAGGUGUUGUUGGUGCUGAGAAGGUGGUAGGGUGGUUUCAUUUCGGGUGACAGGUAUGUGACAGCGUUGCUCAAAAUUUCAAACUCUCGAUCUGGCAUCAUGACUACCUAAAUGUCCUUAGUGACUGUGACCCUUCCUAGCUGCACUAUGGGGAUAAUUUAAAUAUUCUGUAUCCCUUAUGCCCUUAUCAUUUUCUAACAUAGAGAACCAUGACCUAAAGAGGAACUGUGGUGAGGUAUUUAGAAAAGUACUAGCUAGACACACUAUAUGCGUGCCGCAAGACUUGGACGUUACUACUAGCUACAUGCGCUAUGAGAUACGUGAGCAAAAAAAAAGAAUAUUUUGAGAGAUAUAUUAUAAAUAGAGAAUCUAUAUUUAAUUACAUAAAAUAUGAGUUUCAAAGGAUAAAAGUAAAAUCAUUGGGGUCUGAAGAGAUAGUUCAGUGGCUAAGACCCCAUGCAGUUCUUUCGGGGGACCCUAGCUAAGUUCCCAGCACCCAGAAUAUGUGGCUAAAAAUUGCCUGUAACUCUAACUCUAGGCAGUGUGACACCUUUAUCUGGACUCCUUGGGCACCCACUGUCACCUGUUCACAGUCCCACACACGGAUACACAUACAUGCACAUAACUUUAAAAGUAAAAUAAAUGUUUUUAAAGGUAAAACUAUUAAUUGUAUUGUCUGUCGAUUAUUAUGCCUUCAUACUACAGCAUAAUCCUUUCACAUAUGAGGGAAAGCAUCUAUUAUAUAAUUUUGAAUGGAGAUUGCAGAAUAGCCAUUUUCCAUUGGUCCUGUAUGCAUAGAUCUUUAUAUAACAUAAGAAUGUGCUUCACUGUAACUCUAACAGAUGACAGUCUGUAUUUGAAUGUUUGGGUAAUUUAAUAAGCUCUUAUAGGAUAUUAAAAUACAUUUCAUCUAAUUUG